AUGAGGGCUCUUUUGCUUUUGUUUUUUUUAAUGAAUUUGGACAAACUUCUGAAGAGAGGACACUGCACAGAAACCCGAGACCAAAUUCUAACAAUCACCCCGAAAACACAGGAACAAGUGGACAUCUUGAGGAAUAUUUCGUCUCAUUAUGAGACAGCCUUAUGGCAGCCUGUGUCAUCUCACUACAUCAAAGAAGAAACCGAGGUCCACCUGUUUGUUCCUGCAAACAGCUCGGCGACUGUAAAGGAUCUGCUGCAGAAACACGCCGUAACUCACGCGGUGUUACUGGCCAACGCCAACGAGUUGAUUGAAAUGCAAACGAUGAACAGCACCACUGACCCACGAAGCGGCUCAACUUUCUACGAGAGAUAUCACAGUCUUGACGAUAUCUACCAUUGGAUAAACAAGACCCGACAGGACAACCCGGACACAGUUGAAGCCAUUCUCAUUGGCUCCUCAUAUGAGAAGCGACCACUUUACGCUCUGAAGUUGUCUCUAAAUAACAGUAUGAAUAAGAAAGCAAUGUGGAUUGACUGUGGGAUCCAUGCCAGAGAGUGGAUCGCUCCUGCUUUCUGCUUAUGGUUUGUACAAUAUGCGUUGUCAUUUUACAAGCUGAACCAAGAAAUUACAGACAUCAUGGACAACAUGGAUGUCUACAUCUUGCCUGUUAUGAACCCUGAUGGAUACCAUUACACAUGGGCAACAAACCGGAUGUGGAGGAAAAACCGCUCUGUGAGCAAGAGCAGCAAGUGCAUCGGGGUCGACCUCAACAGAAACUUUGAUGCCAACUGGUGCACGGAGGGGGCCUCUCAUGAGCCCUGCACUGAGAUCUACUGCGGUGCGUUUCCAGAGUCGGAACCAGAGUCGCAGGCCGUGGCCAAUUUCCUGCGCAGCCACAAGGACUCAGUUCAGCUGUACCUCAGCAUGCACUCUUACUCUCAGAUGCUGCUCUUCCCGUACUCCUGCACCCUAGAUGAAGCAGAGAACCACAAUGACCUGCUUGAGAUGGUUCAAGAAGCUGCCCAGUUAAUCAGAAGACAUUACAGGAACAUCUACAAAUAUGGUUCUGGAUCAAAGACAAUAUAUUUGGCUCCUGGCGGUUCUGAUGAUUGGGCGUACAACCUUGGCAUCAAAUACUCCUUCACAUUUGAGCUCCAGGACCGCGGGCGUUAUGGCUUCCUCCUGCCGCCAUCUCACAUUUCCAGGGCCUGCAACGAAGCUCUGAUUGCUGUGAAGACCAUUGCUCUCAAGGUUAUUAAGAAAACCCAAGCUUCAAAAAGUCCAGUUCAAGCUGAUUGAACAACAACAAUUUAGGCUGAGAGCUCAAUAUUUAAAGUCCUUUUUGUGAACAUAACAAC